UUCAAUCCAGCUGUGGUCAGGAUGGGGAAGAUCAUCUUCUACGAGGACAGGAACUUCCAGGGUCAGCACCAUGAGUGCAGCACCGACUGUGCCGACCUGUCCCCUUACUUCAGCCGCUGUAACUCCAUCCGUGUGGACAGUGACUGGUGGGUGGCGUACGAGAAACCCAACUACAUGGGGUACCAGUAUGUCCUGAACAGGGGGGAGUAUCCUGACUACCAGCGCUGGAUGGGAUUCAACGACUGUGUCAAGUCAUGCCGCAGUUACCCUCAGUACAGGGGUGAUUCCUACAGGAUGAAGAUUUACGAGAGGCCUGACUUUGGAGGACAGACGAUGGAAUUCAUGGACGACUGUCCCUCCGUCUACGAUCGCUUCCGUUACCGUGACAUUCACUCCUGCCAAGUGACGGAGGGUUACUGGAUCUUCUAUGAACAACCCAACUACAGAGGCCGACAGUACUUCAUGAGACCCGGGGAGUACAGGAAAUACAAUGACUGGGGCGGAUACAACUCCACCAUCGGAUCUUUCAGGCGCAUGAGGGACUUCUAGAUGGUCACUGGAGAAGUCUUAUAGUAUUGCACCAAGACCUUUUGGGCAGAAUAAAAUGUACUUCUCUUUAGUUAAUUUAAUUUACAUUGUAAUUCGAUUUACUAAUUGUAUUUCAUGGAAUAUCUGCUUACAAAAGCAGAGUGAUUAUAUAAUUACCAUGAUAUCUUGAAAGUCUCAUAACUAUUAAAAAAAAACUUUCCUUUCAA